UCGUUCUGUGGCUGGGGACGAAGCGAGAAGCCGAGUCCAGAGGAAGAGAGAUGGUCGUUCCGCCGCCACCUCCGCCACUCCAUCAGGGAGGGGCUCAUGUGCCGCCACCACCUCCAUUAAAUACUGGAGGGUAUGAGGUAGUAGGCUCGAUCGCGCCUCCACCACCUCCUCCGUUGACAAAUGUUGCACCACCACCGCCACCACCCCUCACGAAAAUUCCAGUUCAGGAGGCCGACGAGAACGAGGACGACGUCCCUCCACUUGCAUCUUACGAUCACGAUGCGCAUUCGUACUUUCGUGAGAUUGAAGAACGCAGUCGACGCUGGGCGAAGCGCCAGACGAAGCGAUAUGGCGACAAGCGCAAGUUUGGGUUUGUCGAAAGCACCAAAGACGACAUGCCCGCGGAACACGUGCGCAAGAUCGUGCGCGACCAUGGGGACAUGAGCAACAAGAAGUUCCGACAUGACAAGCGCGUGUAUCUUGGUGCUCUCAAGUAUGUUCCCCACGCCGUGUUCAAGUUAUUGGAAAACAUGCCGAUGCCGUGGGAACAAGUGCGUGAAGUCAAGGUGCUGUACCACAUCACAGGCGCAAUCACGUUCGUAAAUGACAUACCGUGGGUCGUCGAACCCGUCUACAUUGCGCAAUGGGGCACGAUGUGGAUCAUGAUGCGUCGCGAGAAGCGCGACCGUCGUCACUUCAAACGCAUGCGGUUUCCACCGUUCGAUGACGAAGAACCGCCGCUUGAUUAUGGCGAUAACAUCCUGGACGUCGAGCCGUCGGAAGCGAUCAACAUGGAGCUCGACGAGGACGACGACGCGCCGGUGAUUGAAUGGCUGUACGACGCCAAGCCGCUGCUCGGAACCAAGUUCAUCAAUGGCCCUAGCUACCGCAAGUGGAAGUUGCCAGUCCCGGUCAUGUCCAACCUUCAUCGGUUGGCGGGGCAACUCCUCAGCGACCUCAUUGACCCCAACUACCAGUACCUGUUUGACAAGGAAUCGUUUUUCACGGCCAAGGCACUCAACGUGGCGAUCCCCGGCGGUCCCAAGUUCGAGCCGCUCUAUCGCGACCUCGAUCAGGACGACGAGGAUUGGAACGAGUUCAACGACAUCAACAAGAUUAUCAUCCGCCACCAGAUCCGCACAGAGUACCGCGUCGCAUUUCCGUACUUGUACAACAGCCGCCCGCGAGCCGUCCACAUUCAGCCGUACCACGUGCCGGCGCUGUGCUACGUCAAGGCUGAAGACCCCGACUUGCCCGCGUUCUACUUCGACCCUAUCGUGAACCCGAUUUCGCAGUUCCGCGUCGCGGCAACUAAGUCGGACACGCCGGCCGACGACGACGAAGAGGACGAGUUUCAAAUGCCGAUGGGAUUUGCCCCAAUUCUGACGGACCUCCCGCUCUACACGGAGCACACGGCAAGCGGGAUCGCGCUGUACUGGGCGCCGCGACCGUUUAAUCUGCGAAUGGGCAAGACUCGUCGUGCCGUGGAUGUGCCCCUCGUCAACAAAUGGUUCCAAGAGCACUGUCCCCCGAAUCAACCGGUCAAGGUCCGCGUGAGCUACCAGAAGCUGCUCAAGUGCUGGGUGCUCAACCACCUCCACGCGCGCCCGCCCAAGGCGCUCAACAAAAAGUACUUGUUCAAGUCGCUCAAGUCGACCAAGUUUUUCCAGAGCACCGAGCUAGACUGGGUCGAAGCGGGGCUGCAGGUGUGCCGGCAAGGGUACAACAUGCUGAACCUGCUCAUCCAUCGCAAGAACCUGAACUACCUCCACUUGGACUACAACUUUAACUUGAAACCGAUCAAGACGCUAACGACGAAGGAGCGCAAGAAGUCGCGCUUUGGGAAUGCGUUUCAUUUGACCCGCGAGAUCUUGCGCUUGACCAAACUCAUCGUCGACGCCCAUGUGCAGUACCGCCUCGGCAACGUCGAUGCGUUCCAGCUCGCAGACGGCCUUCAGUACAUUUUCGCCCACGUUGGCCAGCUCACGGGCAUGUACCGAUACAAGUACCGGUUGAUGCGCCAAGUCCGCAUGUGCAAGGACUUGAAGCACUUGAUUUACUACCGGUUCAACACGGGGCCGGUCGGGAAAGGUCCCGGCUGUGGGUUUUGGGCGCCGGCGUGGCGCGUGUGGAUUUUUUUCUUGCGAGGAAUUGUCCCGCUCUUGGAGCGGUGGCUCGGGAACCUUCUCGCGCGUCAGUUUGAAGGGCGCCACUCGAAGGGGAUCGCGAAGACCGUGACGAAGCAGCGAGUGGAGUCGCAUUUUGAUUUGGAACUGCGUGCCGCCGUCAUGCACGACAUCCUGGACAUGAUGCCGGAAGGGGUAAAGGCCAACAAGAGUCGCACGAUUCUCCAGCACUUGAGCGAAGCGUGGCGGUGCUGGAAGGCCAACAUCCCGUGGAAAGUGCCGGGGCUUCCCGCCCCCAUUGAAAACAUGAUCCUGCGGUACGUCAAGAGCAAGGCCGACUGGUGGACAAACGUUGCGCACUACAACCGCGAACGAAUCAAGCGCGGCGCGACGGUCGACAAGACUGUGUGCAAGAAGAAUCUCGGGCGGCUCACGCGCCUCUGGCUCAAGGCCGAGCAAGAGCGCCAGCACAACUACCUCAAGGACGGGCCGUACGUGUCGGCUGAAGAAGCCGUCGCCGUGUACACGACCACGGUCCACUGGCUCGAGUCGCGCAAGUUUGCUCCGAUUCCGUUUCCUCCGCUCUCGUACAAACACGACACAAAGCUUUUGAUUCUUGCGCUGGAACGGCUCAAAGAAAACUACUCGGCCAACAACCGACUGAACCAGUCGCAGCGCGAGGAGCUCGGACUCAUUGAGCAAGCGUACGACAACCCGCACGAAGCGCUCAGCCGCAUCAAGCGCCACCUGCUCACGCAGCGCGCGUUCAAGGAAAUGUCGAUUGAGUUUAUGGACCUGUACUCGCACUUGAUCCCUGUGUACGAGAUCGAGCCGCUGGAAAAGAUCACGGACGCGUACUUGGAUCAGUACUUGUGGUACGAAGCGGACAAGCGCCACUUGUUUCCGAGCUGGAUCAAGCCGAGCGACUCGGAGCCGCCGCCGCUCCUCGUGUACAAGUGGUGCCAGGGCAUCAACAAUCUGCACAAGAUUUGGUCGUGCGAUGACGGCGAGUGCGUCGUCAUGCUUGAGACGAAGCUCGAGAAAGUCGCGGAAAAGAUGGAUUUGACGCUGUUGAACCGGUUGCUGCGAUUGAUCCUGGACCACAACAUGGCCGACUACAUGACUGCCAAGAACAACAUUGUGAUUGCGUACAAGGACAUGAUGCACACCAACUCGUACGGGCUCAUUCGUGGGCUCCAGUUUGGGUCGUUUAUCUUUCAGUACUACGGACUUGUCCUCGACCUGCUCCUGCUCGGGCUCACGCGCGCAUCCGAGAUCGCUGGGCCGCCGCAGUUUCCAAACGAAUACCUUGCUUUCAAGGACACGGAAACGGAAACCCAUCAUCCGAUCCGCAUGUACACGCGAUACAUUGACCGUAUUUACGUCGUGUACAAGUUUGACGCGGUCGACUCGCGCGAGCUGAUCCAGCGCUACUUGACCGAGCACCCGGACCCGAACAACGAAAACAUUGUUGGAUACAACAACAAAAAGUGCUGGCCCCGCGACGCCCGCAUGCGCCUGAUGAAGCACGACGUGAAUUUGGGCCGCGCGACGUUUUGGGAUAUGAAGAACCGUCUUCCUCGAUCCAUGACGACGCUCGAGUGGGACCACAGCUUCGUCUCGGUCUACUCGAAAGACAACCCGAACUUGCUCUUCAACAUGUGCGGAUUCGACGUCCGCAUCCUUCCGCGCGUUCGAGCACUCGAGGACGAGUUUGCCCACAAGGAUGGUGUGUGGAACCUCCAGAACGAACUGACCAAGGAACGGACGGCGCAGGCUUACCUCCGCGUUGACGAGGACGCGAUCAAGUCAUUUGAGAACCGCGUGCGAUCGAUUCUCAUGUCGAGCGGGAGCACAACGUUCACCAAGGUCGCCAACAAAUGGAACGCCGCGUUGAUCGGGCUCAUGACGUAUUACCGCGAGAGCGUCGUGCAGACACAGGAGCUGCUGGAUUUGUUGGUCAAGUGCGAGAACAAGAUUCAAACACGGAUUAAGAUUGGGCUCAACUCGAAGAUGCCGUCGCGGUUCCCGCCAGUUGUGUUUUACACGCCAAAGGAACUCGGAGGCUUGGGCAUGCUCAGCAUGGGCCAUGUCUUGAUCCCGCAGUCGGAUAUGCGGUACUCGAAGCAAACGGAAGGCGGAAUCACGCACUUUCGAAGCGGGAUGAGUCACGAAGAAGACCAGCUCAUUCCCAACUUAUUUCGGUACUUGCAGCCGUGGGAGUCGGAGUUUAUCGAUUCGCAGCGCGUGUGGGCCGAAUACGCGCUCAAGCGCCAGGAAGCGACGGUCCAGAAUCGUCGGUUGACGCUCGAGGACUUGGAAGACUCGUGGGAUCGCGGCAUUCCUCGCAUCAACACGUUGUUCCAAAAGGAUCGGCACACGCUCGCGUACGACAAGGGGUGGCGUGUGCGCACGGAUUUCAAAAAGUACCAAGUGCUGCGGCAGAAUCCAUUUUGGUGGACGCACACGCGGCACGACGGAAAGCUGUGGAACUUGAACAACUACCGCACGGACAUGAUCCAGGCGCUGGGCGGUGUCGAAGGCAUCCUCGAGCACACGCUGUUCAAAGGCACGUACUUUCCGACAUGGGAAGGGCUCUUUUGGGAGAAAGCGUCCGGGUUUGAGGAAUCGAUGAAGUACAAAAAGUUGACGAAUGCGCAGCGGUCCGGGUUGAACCAGAUUCCGAACCGUCGGUUCACGCUGUGGUGGUCGCCAACAAUCAACCGCGCAAACGUGUACGUUGGGUUCCAAGUCCAGCUCGACUUGACGGGCAUCUUCAUGCACGGGAAGAUCCCGACGCUCAAGAUUUCGCUGAUUCAGAUCUUCCGCGCCCACUUGUGGCAGAAAAUCCACGAGUCGCUCGUGAUGGAUUUGUGUCAAGUGUUUGACCAGGAGCUGGACGCGCUGUCGAUUGAAAACGUUCAAAAGGAAACGAUUCACCCGCGCAAGUCGUACAAGAUGAACUCGAGUUGCGCCGACAUUUUGCUGUUUGCGUCGUACAAGUGGCAGAUGGGCCGCCCGACGCUGCUCCACGACGUCAAGGACAGCGCAGACGGAUCGACGUCGACCAAGUACUGGAUCGAUGUCCAGUUGCGGUGGGGCGACUUUGAUUCGCACGACAUUGAGCGGUACGCGCGCGCCAAGUUUUUAGAUUACACGACCGACAACAUGACCAUCUACCCGUCGCCGACCGGCGUCCUCCUCGCUGUCGAUUUGGCGUACAACUUGUACAGCGGGUACGGCAACUGGUUUACAGGAUGCAAGCCGCUGAUGCAGCAAGCCAUGGCCAAGAUCAUGAAGGCCAACCCGGCCAUGUAUGUCCUCCGCGAGCGCAUCCGCAAGGGCCUGCAGCUGUACUCGUCCGAGCCGACCGAGCCGUACCUGUCGAGUCAAAACUACGGCGAGCUCUUUUCGAACCAAAUUAUCUGGUUUGUCGACGACACCAACGUGUACCGCGUCACGAUCCACAAGACAUUUGAAGGCAACUUGACGACGAAACCGAUCAACGGCGCGAUCUUUAUCUUCAACCCGCGCACCGGUCAGCUCUUUCUCAAGAUCAUCCACACGUCCGUGUGGGCCGGGCAAAAGCGCUUGGGGCAGUUGGCCAAGUGGAAGACGGCGGAAGAAGUCGCGGCGCUCAUUCGGUCGCUUCCCGUGGAAGAGCAGCCCAAGCAGAUCAUUGUGACGCGCAAGGGCAUGCUCGACCCGCUCGAAGUCCACUUGCUCGACUUCCCCAACAUUGUAAUCAAGGGCUCGGAGCUCCAGCUGCCGUUUCAGGCGUGCCUCAAGGUUGAAAAGUUUGGUGACCUCAUUCUGCGCGCGAUUGAGCCGCAGAUGGUCCUGUUCAACAUUUACGACGACUGGCUGAGCACGAUCACGAGCUACACGGCGUUUUCGCGGCUCAUUUUGAUUCUGCGCGCGCUGCACGUGAGCCAGGACCGGACCAAGUUGCUCCUGCGGCCAGAUGCGACCACGAUUACGCAGGACCACCACAUUUGGCCGUCGCUGUCGGACGAAGCAUGGCUCAAGCUUGAAGUGUCGCUCAAAGACUUGAUCUUGAACGACUACGGGAAGAAAAACAACGUGAAUGUGGCGAGUCUCACGCAGAGCGAGAUCCGCGACAUCAUUCUCGGCAUGGAAAUCUCGGCGCCGUCGCUGCAGCGCCAGCAAAUGGCCGAAAUCGAGUCGCAAGCGCGCGAGCAGUCGCAGCUGACUGCGGUCACGACCAAAACGGUCAACGUCCACGGCGACGAAAUGGUCAUCACGACCACGUCGCAGUACGAGCAGCACUCGUUUGCGUCCAAGACGGACUGGCGCGUGCGUGCGAUCUCGGCGACCAACUUGCACUUGCGCACGAACCACAUUUACGUCAACUCGGACGAUAUCAAGGAGACUGGUCUGACAUACGUCCUGCCCAAGAACGUCCUGAACAAGUUUAUCACGAUUUCCGACUUGCGCACGCAAGUCGCGGGCCUCCUCUACGGCGUCAGCCCCCCGGACAACGCGCAUGUGAAGGAAAUUCGAUGCAUUGUGAUGCCGCCGCAGCUGGGCACCCACCAGAACGUGACGCUGCCGACGACCGCGCCGUCCCACGAGUACCUGGACACGAUGGAGUGCCUUGGGUGGAUUCACACACAGCCGAACGAGAUGCCGCAAUUGCCGCCGCAAGACGUUACGAUGCACUCGAAGCUCCUUGCCGAAAACUCGGCGUGGGACGGCGAGAAAACCAUCACGAUCACGUGCAGCUUCACGCCGGGGUCGUGCUCGCUGACCGCGUACAAGUUGACCCCGGCCGGGUACGAUUGGGGCAAGACGAACCGCGACACGGGCCCGAGCCCGUCGGGGUACCUCCCGACGCACUUUGAAAAGGUCCAGAUGCUGCUCUCGGAUCGAUUCCUCGGGUACUUUAUGAUUCCAGACGAAGACGUGUGGAAUUACAACUUUAUGGGGGUCAAGCACACCACCGGGAUGAAGUAUGACGUCAAGGUCGGCAACCCCAAGGAAUUUUACCACGAAGUGCACCGAAAGACGCACUUUUUCAACUUUAGCGCGAUGGACACGGUCGAAGAAGGCGAGGAAGAGUCGCAGCGCAACUUGUUGGCGUAGAAAAAGAGUCCAUGCUGUGAAUGCGAGUCCCAUGGGCAGAGGCCACGGGUUUUCUUGGGCA